AUGUCGGCCUACGAAUGUGAUAUAAUUUUUAGACCUGGAAAGAAGAAUAGCAACGCGGACGCCCUUAGCAGACUGCCGUUUAAGAUCGAGCCGAGAACGACGCCGAUACCCUGUGAAGUUGUACAUUUGAUGGAUCAGUUGUCCCGAAGAUGUAGUGAAAAUCAAACAAUGGACAAUGAGAGUCCCGGUGUUAGCACAAGUGUACCAAACCAUGCAUGGAUAGCCAACCACCGUGCAAGAGGACAGAAUCAAGCCAUAUUUUACUCGCAGAAACGAAUCGGGUGUCCAGGAAGGUUGUAUGUUGUGGGGAUCGAGAGUGGUGAUACUUCUUCUGACUCUUCAAGGAGGAAGUCAGGUCAUCGAUAUCAUGCAUGA